AUGGAAGCACCCACAAAACCCCCCUCUUCCUCCCUCCCCUCCACAAAUCCGCCCAGCGUCGAAGUCGCUUACAAACGCAAAUGCAUCGCCCUCAAGAAACGCCUCAACGAAAUCGAGACCGAAAACGAGCUCAUGCGCGUCCGCAACAGACGAGGUUGGAAGUAUAUCCAGAAAAUGCGUCUAGAAUCCUGUAUUCUGCUCGACCGGCUCGCUAAGGUUACGGGGAUGGCAGAGGAGGCGCAGGCCGCUGGUGGUGUGACGCCGGAGUUACGCGCGAAGGCUGCGGCUAUGAUGUCGAAUGCGCCGACUGUGGAGGAUGGGAGUGGUGCGCCUGCGCCUGGAGCCGUUGCCGGGAAUGGGGCGCCGUAUUUGGAUGAUGAGACGGAUGGGAGUUCGGAGGAAGCGCCGCCUACACCACAAGACCGCCCGCUCCGCACCAAACGACGAAAUAGGCUAGCAACGUGCAAGGAAGACGAAGGCUGGGAUGAGAACGGAAUGGGUCCCGGCCAUCCGACAGUCUGGAGAUCCCCGAAAUGGCGCUCACCAAUGCCACCCGCGCCCAAGCAGGAGGAAUUGACAUCCACGUUCCGCAUCCAAACAGGAAGCAAUGGCGGCCCGGCAUCCAGCCGUCGUCCAAGCACCCAAGAUAUCCCUAAGAAUGGUAAUGGAAACGGUACUGCGGACGUUCCAGCCGCGCCGGCAGAUGCUCCGACGAUACCGAUGGAUAUGGAUACCGAUACCAAGGAGCCGAAGGUUGAAGGACAGGGUUGA